AUGGCCAGUCUCCUUGACGUAACCAGUAAUCUGCGCUGCAUACGCAAUUGGCACAAGGCUCUUCUCUUUUUUCCUCCAUCACCAAUAGCGCCCUCUAGCUCGUCCAGAUUGCAGACGCGAUGUCCAUCACCAGCGUUGUCGCCGUGCAGCAAACAGGCUUUCGCUGAUGAAGUCCCCCAUUUCGCAUCGGCAAAGACGGCUUCUCAGGUUCUACAAGUGACUCGGUCAAACCGGAAGUACUGGUUUCCAUUUAUCCCGCUAGUAUUGCUGCUACCCAAAGACAUGUUUCCUCUUAACGAAGCUCAGGGUGCCCCUCCUGAUGUACCGGAAAAUGUGGAUAUUUCGGCUGUAUCAUCCGAAUCCAUCCAAGCUUUAUCAUUUGAUGCAAUCACUCAAUGGCAUUCAACGUUGACGACAGUUGAACUUUCGCCCAAAUGGUCUGAAAAGUCAUUUCUUCCGGAGAGGCACUUCGAGGACUAUAAUGGUCAUAUCCAAAAAGAAGAGAAUGACGAUAGCUAUCACAGCGUUCGAUCCAGAAGGCCUGAAAACAGCAAGGGUGAUGUAUACUUUAGGGGAGCGGGCUCAAUAAGUUUUACGGAAAGGAAAAACAGCUUUUUUCAUCACGGAGCGAUUGGAGGAGCCAGGGACAGACAAGAGAAGGAUUGCUUAAGUUUUAUUAAUAGAGCUGAAAUUCCAGACUGGAAUGAAGAACCAUAUCGUCUUAACAAGACCGGAGUUCAUUCGACCUUCAUCUCCACCUCUUCCUCCCCUACUGCGAGCUCAUCUGCCCCUACCGCGGUUUCGAGCCCUCGCAAAUCAGUGGAUGUGCUGGAUCCCCAUCAGGUUGCCUAUCAGCCAGAGGUCGUUUCGACGCCAUAUAGAAAUCAUAGCCUUCAAAUGAUCAAUUUUGACAAGUUACGUCGUCUAUUCAACAGGCUAGGACAGUUCAAACAGGCCCUUGGACAAUCACCAUAUCUUUAUCUUCCAGUGUUGUCAUCACCCCAUCAGGCAACAAGUAAUGCUGGCCAAACAACAUAUGAGGCUGACAGCUCAUGGAUUCUAGAUGCACCCGAAGAGUUUCUGCAUUUGGCGAUACUUUACAGACUUUCAAUGAAGUCCAAGAAUUGUGAAAGUAGGUGA